GCUCGGGCCGGGCGAAAGGGGGGGAUUGGGAAAGGGGAGGGUACGAAAUCUGCUGAAUGCAGCUGGUUUCGGCCCCACCGAGGGGCCCAUUCCUCGACACAUAGCCGCCUCCCGGCGCUGGGAGGCGCCGGGAAAAUCAGCUACGUGAGCUGAUUCUCACCCCCCCCCCUUUGCUAUCCCCCCCGUUUGCCCGACCCGACAGGCUGCCCUUGGACAGAUGAUGGACGCCCAUUUCCAGGGCUGGACCCAAACGCUGUUUUGCUGGACUUCGGCUGCGUUUUGGUUUGCGUUUUGGCAGGGGGGUACGGGAAAACAGGGAGAACAGAACGAACGACAAAACGAGAGCAAAACGAACAACAGCGUUUAGGUUCAGCCCUGCCCAUCUCCAGGCAAGCCGAGCGAUGUUAGACUGAAGUCGGGCGUGCCCCUCUACAGGAGGAAUACUCAGAACUGGUCAAAAAGUAGUCUGGGGACGAUUUGCUUGACCAUGUUCGACCAUGUUGGUGCACUGUUUGGGGACACGCCCGACCUAAUGCUAGACCAGAAGCGCGGUGCCGAUGUUCGUGUCGAAACUUCUGAUGGCGCUGGUUGCGCCGACCCUUUUUAUGGAAGCUGAUCGUGGCGAUUGUGAUGGCGCUGCUGUUCGUGCCGAUCUUCCUGGCGUCGCUGUCUGCACCGAGCGUCCUGAGGAAACUGUUUCGUGCCGAUCAUGGUGCUGCAGAUGUUCGUUCCGAUCCCCCCGAUGGCGGGACGGCUGCCUUUCGCGAAAUGAUGGGUGAUUUUUCCCUGCAAGCAGUGCGAUGCUAGACCAGGGGCUCGGCGCGGCUUUUGGUGUCGACGCUGUCAGUACUGAGCUUCCUGUGGGGGCUCUUCGUGCCGAUCGUGCUGAUGUACACGUUCGUGCUGACUUUUCGGGUGACGACGUGGCCGCUCUUCACACAACGACGGCUGACCCCUGCAAGGCCAGGCGAUGUUUGACCAUAGGAAUGGAGAGGCUGUUGAUCUCGAUCUCCCUGAUGGCGCUGGCCGCGGCGGCCUCCGUGAGGAGUCUGUUCGUGACGCUCGCGAUGAUGGAGCUGCUCGUGGCGGUCUCCCUGGCCCCUCUCGGGUCGCUGGGCCCGGUGUUUGGCCCCUCGGGCGCGCUCGCCUCUUGGCGCCCUGCCCCCUUUCGCCUCGCCUCGUCGUGUUGUCGCCUCCCCUUCCGUCUCCUGUCCUCCCUGUCGUUUCCGUGCGUUGGGGUUGUCGUUCCUUCCCCCUCGGCCCCGCCGUCCUCUUCCCUUUGGUUCCCGUGUCGUCUUCUGUCGGCCGCCCCCCCGGGGGUGGGGCGUGCGCCCCCCGAGACUCCGGAGGGCGUCUGCUCCUGUCGGUGCUUCAAUUAACGCGGUGCGCGCGGGAGGAGCUGGUUCUCAUCACGAGUCACCAU